AUUUAAACAAAUCCUAAUUGAGGGCCACGACUAUCAAGCCUCCAUCGUCUUCUUCAUAUGAAGAGAACCCCGUCGUCUAUCUAUAAUCUAUCUACGCUUCUUGUUUCCGCCAUUUCCUCUCCAUCAGGCCACAGAUUUGUGCCAAUUUGGUUGCUAAUCGCAGUUCUGGAAAACUGAAAUUGAGCUGCGCCACAAGCCCUCGAUCCUCUGUCUCCUAUCGAAGUUUCAGCAGAGUCGACUUCUUUAUUGCUUCGAUUCUCCAACUAUAUGGUAGAGGAGGUUCAGUGAUCUACGUCUUUCAAAUGCUCUCCUAGAAUUGUGAUUAAGUGGCAAGUAAGAUUUUCCGAGGAAAAAUGCAUGGAGUUCGUCAAACAUUAAAUCAGAUGUCCAGGAAGUUGCAUAACCUGGCUAAUGGAGGUCCAAGUGAUACCUUGAAGAGGAAAGUUGCUGAACUAGAGAAAAAGAGAAAGAGAAGACAUCCCAAUAAAGACGACUUAUAUGUGGAUGUUCCUGAAUCAAGAGCCUGGCUUGAUACUGCAACCAUGCCACUGGUACUCACUGCUGUGGGUACGGCCCUAUUUGCGAAGAUCCUGAUGAUGCUAGAUGAGGCAAAUGCCCAGGAACGACUUGAGAAAAAGAUAAAAGAUGCCCCCGAGGGUCAGGGAACUGUCAGGAUGCUCACUCGAGAGGAGUGGGAAAAAAUGCGAGAAGUUCGGCCAAGGACUCCAUUUGAAUCUACAGUAGCUCGUCCAAAUGCAAAAAUACGGACGGGAGAACCUCUUCGCAAGGAAGAUGUUAAGGACUGGAGUUUAGAUGUGUUCACAAAUGCACUCACACGCGCUGAGGAAACUGCUAAACGUGGAUCAGUUUAGGUGUGUGGUGUGCAGUAAGUAUGCUUGUCUCACAUAAAUUCGCAAACUGCUGAGAAGCUGAUGGCCUCACUCUCCGAAGGCCAGAUUUGUUGGUAGCAAUUCUUGACUAGGCUCAUUUCCUUGGACAUUGGCAGUCUUUGCAUGAUAAUGCACUGAGAUGCUCCAGCAAUUAGCAUUACUGCACAGUAUCAAAGUGUGAAUUUUAUUGGUAUUUUGUAGACUUAUUAUUUAUGACCAAUUAAUGAUAUUGGUAACUAUUCAACAUUCCAA